AUGAAGGUGAAAUUAUCGAAUGCCAAUUUUCCGAAAACCGCGGACGGCCGUGUUUAUCAUGUUGGAGUUAAACGAGGCGAAGUGGGUGAUAUGAAUCGAGCUCAAUUGUUUGCCAGGUGGUUAGACAAAGAUGCACCAAUGUUUCAACAGACCAGUAGUCGCGGUUUCUUUACACUCACCGGCAAAUAUAAGGGAGAACCUGUUAGCGUUGUCGGGAUCGGAAUGGGACUUCCAAUGAUGGACUUUUUUGUUCGUGAAGUACGAGCAAUAACAGAUGGUCCAUUGAUAAUAAUUAGAUUCGGUUCGUGUGGAAGCAUCGGGAAAAGUAAGGUUGGAGACAUGGUCGUGCCUAGAGGUUCAUUUUCUGUCACCAGAAACUUUGAUUAUUUUUUGGAUGACGGAGAUGAAAGUGUAGGGAGUCCGUAUAAUUUGUCAAAAGUAUGUUACGCGGAUCCCGAAAUUUGUGAACUGCUACAACACCAACUUCUCCACCAUCUUCCCUCGAAUGAAAUCCAUACUGGCUUGAAUGCAUCGUGCGACAGCUUCUAUUCGUCGCAGGGCCGUAAGGAUGAGAAUUUCACGGACGACAACCAAGAACUGUUUAAAGAUAUUAUAAAAAAACAUCCAGAAGCAGAAUCACUAGAGAUGGAGACUUUUAUGCUGUAUCAUUUGGCCAGGUGUAGUUCCAACGCGCCUCUUAUUAGUAAGAAUAAAAACUCGAAUGAAGAUAAUGUGGUAAAUGAAAAGAGAGGAAUCAAACGGAAUCUGAACGGUGAAGGAAAGGAAAAUGGUGGCAAAGAUGUCACGGAGAUAAAUAGUAGCUCGAAGAUAAAAAACAGUAUAAGAGCAGCUGCGCUAAUGAUGGUCUUUACAGACCGAAAAACCAAUGAUAUCAUCGAUCCUGAUCGAGUGAAUUAUCUUGAAUCAGUGGGAAAGAGUCUUUAUACCCUUGACGUUGAUCUAUUGAAAACCUUGAACCCGGAUAUUAUCAUUACACAGGAUUUAUGCAACGUCUGCUCCAUUGACCUGAAUACUGUGAGACGCAUUGUAAAACAAAUGAACCCUGUGCCAUCUAUAGUGACAUUGAAUCCUUUCUCAAUUGAGGUUCUGUCUCCCAAGGAUGUAAUAUCGUCGAUUAAUACGGUCGGAGUUGCGCUUGGAAUGGAGUCAGAAUCAUCAAAAGUCAUAUCCGAAUUAAGAUCGCGCAUUAAAAACGCUCGUGACCUUGCCAAUGAAAGCAACAGGUCAGGCAGAAAACGCGCUCGAGUGGCAUUUUUCGAAUGGACGUCGCCCAUCUAUCUUGGUGGUCAUUGGACUCCACAAAUAAUUCGUUGGAGUAAUGCAAUAUCACCGCAAGAUGUAAUUUCAGAAAACCCGGAAAUAUUAAUAGUUUGCCCAUGCGGAUUGGAUCUUCAGGCAACCAAGAAAGAAUACGAAGAAACAUUGUUGCCUUCCGAUUGGUGGCCACAACUUGCAAAUAAUGCUUCUAAAAUUGCAUUGGUGGAUGGAAAUCAAAUGUUUAAUCGCUCAGGACCUCGUCUGGUGGAUGCAUUAGAAUGGUUGGUCGGAUAUAUAAAUGACAUUCCGGAAAUUAUUCCCGAAAAAUUUCCCUGGAAAAACUUGAAAUCAUAA